UUCAUCAAGUAAUGAGUUAUUAUAUUUCUUGGUUCAACCCAUGGAAUAUUAUCUAACUAAUAGGUACUUUCCAUCAUAAUUAUUAUUCUGAGAGUCAGUCAGUCCACAGAUACGUAAUCAUCAGCUGUUAUUGUUAGUCUGUUACUAGUGUCAGCUGUUGAAAAUCAAAAUAAAUAAAUUUCAUUGAUCGAUCGCCGCAGGUCGCAUCUGCGCCGAAAAUCGUAAACAAAGUAUUGAUUUAAUUGCCGUGUACUAAUAAUAAGAAUGAAGAGAAACUUCGAGAACAUGGAGGGCGCAGCUUUUGAUUUCAAAAAAAUGGAUAAGAUCGUCCAUAUUGAUCUAAAGGGAGCUCCUCUUCGUAUGGAAUACUUGCUAAAGGUGAUCCAUGUCUCGAAGAACUACGGAGCCACGGGCGUGUUGCUGGAGUGGGAGGACACGUUCCCCUACACCGGGGAGCUGGCGGCGAUCGGCAGCAAUGGACCCAGCAACACGGAGGGAAUGUACACCAUGGAAGAAGUGAAGCAUAUUAUUCAGACCUUUUCGUCCAAGGAUUUUAAAGUGAUCCAACUAGUCCAGACCAUGGGCCACAUGGAGUUCGUGCUCAAACACCCCCAGUUCAAGGAACUCCGCGAGGCCCCGCACUCCCCGUCCGCCAUCUGCCCGCUGAAGGAGAAGGCUCAGCAGCUCGUGAAGAUGAUGAUCGACCAGAUACUGGACGCGCAGCCCGAUGCAGAGUUCUUGCAUAUUGGGGCUGAUGAGGUAUGGUUCAUGGCGAAAUGCGACGCGUGCCGCGCGCACUCUCGCGACGCCAUGUUCGGCAAGUACAGCCUGUUCCUGCGGCACGUGCGCGCUAUGGCGCGGCACGCGCGGCGCCGCCGGCCCGGCCUGUCCGUGCUGCUGUGGGACGACAUGCUGCGCCCCAUGACCGAGCAGGCGCUCCACACUUUCGAGCUCCCCUCCCUAGUCACUCCCGUGGUCUGGUACUACGGGCCGGGGGGCCUAGAGCGGGGGCUGGGGGGCGGCGUGCCCGCGCACGCGUGGCAGCUGUACGCGCGCGCCUUCCCCGCGCUGUGGGCCGCCUCCGCGUACAAGGGCGCCAACGGGAGCUCCAAGAUGAUGUCCACCACAUGCCGCUACGUGUCAAACCAGAAGUACUGGGUGCAGCAGAUCCAGCGCCGCGAGCAGCAGUUCCACUUCCACGGAGUCAUCCUCACGGGAUGGUCCAGAUACGACCACUUCGCCACCCUCUGUGAGAUCCUGCCCGUGUCGAUGGGCUCGCUGGCCGCGUGUCUGCACGUGUACCAGCAGACGCCGGGGCCCGCGCCCACGGGCGACGAGAUCAACGUGUUCCACGCCGAACUGCUGAGCCGUCUGCACGAGGGGGGCACUGUCGAGGAGAUAGUGGGGGAACGACCAGUUGUAGAGGACAUAUCGGCGGAACUGCCCCGGCUGGACUCGUGGCCGUUCGAGGACGCGGCGCGCGCCGUGGCCAAGUUCAGCUGCCUGCGGGACCAGGCCUGCUCUGUCGUACGCGCCGAUGGAUACGGUGUGCACUCGUGGCUGAACCCGUGGCACGUGGAGCGCGGCUACACCAACCCGGCCCAGCUGCAGAGCAUGGCCGAAGACACCGGACUCAUACUGUCCCGUAUGCUAUCAUGCAAGGAGUCCAUCGAGUCCCAGCUCGCCCCCAUUCUCGGCAAGCGAAGCUUCGAGGAGUGGAUGGCGACCUUCGUCCAGCCCAUAGUGGAUCAAAUGACCACGCUACACGAACAGGCAGACGCGGCGGUGAAGCGCGAGCCCGGAGUUGUCCCGGCUAUUAUGCAGUAGAUGGCGCUAGUAGACGUGUAUUUUUUUUAACAAACUAGUACCGAUUAUUAUUUUGUUGCUAUUGGUCCACGUAAUUGAUUGCUGCUGUGUUGGUAUUGGUUCUAAGGUUCUAACAAUGACCCUCACUCUGUUAAUAUCGGAAAUGUGCGAGACAUAUAGGUACGCGGUAGGUACUCGUUUGUUAAAAAAAUAGAAUACAGACGUUUGUAGUGUUUGAUAAACAAUACGAACAUACAAAAACAAAACUAGAUACUAUCGCCAUUUUGUUCACUGUUAAACCGAGAUAAACGUUUUAAUUAAGUUUAACCUAGACCACCAUUGUUCCAAUGAAUAAAGACACAAAUCUUCUAACCACACAAAUUUAAAGUAAGAUCUCACUCAGAAAGUGAGGUAUUAUUUUUCGAGACACUCCGUCUAUUUCGUAUUGUUUAUCAAAAUCCUACAGUAGGAGUUGCACAGACUUUAUAACCAAGACCUGUCUAGGUUAUAAAUAUGGUCUGUGGGAAGUUAGUAAGUAUACAAAAUAAGUUACGUAAGUAUGUCCCCCUACUAAUUUUUCAUCAUCGAAUUUAUCGAUCAUUAUGUUAUUGCAUUUAACUUGAUUUUUAUCGACGCGGGUGUGAGAAAGUGACAGGGAGUUGAGUAGCUUUAAUGUUGAAAGAAGAGAUAAAAUGUAUUUAUUUAUUUAUUGGAUCUGUUUAUUUACAGGGAUAUUAUUUUAUUGUGUAAAUGUUACUCGAGGUGUAACUAGUAAGACUUUUAUUUUGUUUCAGUAAAUUUACAGUUUCGAAUUUUAUUCCAACAAAUAAUUAUAGUGUUGCCAAACUUUACGCAUAUUUGAAUAAUAGAAUUUUAAUUAAGGAUUUAUUAAAUUAGUACUCAUUUAUUAUAAUAUAUUCAACGAUAUUGACCAAUAGUUGAGUUAUGUUAAAUCAGUUCAGAACGGAUAAGAAUACCGGCUCUUAGAGACACUUUUACAACGAUUACAUUUAAAUUUGGUAAAUUCCGAAUGCCUAACGUUAUUUUUACAUUCUGACCUUAACAAAUUAUAACUUUAAUGAUUAGUUUACUUAAAUAAAUCCGAUAAAUAGCUAAAUCAUACACAACAUUAUGUAACUUCACAGAAACUAAUUAAAAGUCCUGUUUCACAAAGCCUGGAUAAAGUUAUCUGUGGGAUGUGUGGAACUUUCAUCCAAACAUCGUGAAACAGGCUCUCUUUAGUGUGUAGGUAGUAAUUUAUAUUCAUGUCUAUUGAUAUUACUAGGAUAAGCACGUAUUUAUUACAAAAUUGUUGUAGGUAUUACUGAAAUAUACUACUGUUAUAAUAUAUGUUAGUUAUAUCCUAUUUAUUAGAGUUCAUUUUGAACUAAUAAAGCUAUUACUUUGUACCCUAGGCGCUCCUGUGUUAAGACCGCGAUUUUCGGAUUCAAAUUGUAAUUAAUUUUAUACUUAAUCAUUUUGUAAACGUUCUGACUUCGCAAUAGGGCCUCUGGAGCCGCGUUAUAACUCUCCUUGCCUGGUGGAAUGUCCCUCUCCUCAUUCCAUCUAAGACAAGAAUCGUUUGGCGAGCGCUCUCAGUGUGGUAUCCAUUGAUGACCAGUGCAAAUGUCAAUAAAAUCUAAUAAAAUCUAAGGUAUAAUAAAAUCUUGAAUAAAAUCUAAGGUAAGUAAAGUAGGUCAUACAUAAGUAAGUUGGUAAGUAAGUAAAAUAAGUUUUAACUAAUAUUUCACAGCUUGACAUUUGCACUUUUCAAUUUAGGAUCUGAGAUAAAAGAAUAGACUCUACUUUAGGUUUAUAAUAAAUAUGUGCCAAAUAUACAUUUAAAUAAGUAUAAUUUUUUAUAUUCGGCCUAAAAUAAUACAAUGCUUGACGAACAUCGAUGACUUUUUUGUCAUAAUUAAGUUGUUCUUUUGCCGCACAAAACAAAUUUUGCUACAACAUGCUACAACAUAUAGCCUAUAUAAUCCAUAUUUAGAAUUAAACCCUUUAAAAGGGAAAUUAUUGUUUACCUAUUAUGUACUUAGGUAUAAUAGUAAACUAUGAGUAUUUACAUAAUAUAUUCUAUAUACUUAGUCAAUUUAACAUGUAGUUUUCAGUAUUCUGAAACAAAAAAAAAGAAAAUACCUAUGUUUACUUAUUAUCUACUUGGGCUUAGGUAUAAGUACUUUAGUAAAAUAUAGGCAUUACGAUAAUGUAUACUGAAACGAAAAAAAAAUUUAAAAUGUUUACCUAUUAUCUACUUAGGCUUAGGUUUAGUAUAGUAAAAUAUAGGCAUCUCUCUCUCAGCACAAGCUUGCUUGUGUUGGGGUCCACCAACCCGCGCUAGGCGAGCGUGGUGGACUAGGCCUAAAACCUUCCUUCAUUGGCAGGAAACCGUCCCCAGCAGUGGGGACGUGAUGUGUUGUGAUGAUGUAGUCGACUUUCUAUGUAGCUUUCAGUUUUCUGAAACUGCCUAAAUUUUAGGUAGGUAUUUCUAUUUAUGUAUUUAUAUCUCGGACACAGGUUUAUAGAAUUGUUGAAUCUAUUUAUUGUAUGUUAUGGAAAAUUAAAUAAUAUUUCUCAAAAUUAUCUAUUAUUUUGAAUGAAUGAAUACUGUACUGAAAUAGUUAGAUACAAUGUUUAUAAAUGUCUAUUACAAUUGAAAACUUUAACUAGAUGAUUUUAAAUUAAUACACUUGAAAUUAAACCACAACCAUGUUGUUUUAUUUAAAAAUCCAAGUAAUGGUAGCCAUGGCAGAAAUUAUACAAUACAAUACAAUACAAUAAUCUUUAUUUGCACACCAUAAAAAAAACUUAAAUCUAACUUAAAUAACAGAGAUGCACAAAUGGCGGUCUUAUCGCUAAAAGCGAUCUCUUCCAGACAACCGUUGUAAGAAAAGAACUAAACAUAGAAAAGGGCAUUUACAAGGUGUAUUUACAAAUAAUAUUU